AUGUUCGAUACAGUUAUGUUUAUGUGUAAUGGUCGAUGUGUUUAUCAUGGUUCACCUAAAAGUGUCAUUCCAUACUUUGAAAAAUAUGGAUAUCAAUGUGAUCCAUAUGAAAAUCCAGCUGAUUAUAUAUCAGAUGUUCUAAUAGAUAUUGCAACUCGUUUAAUGGUAGCAGAAAUCUUUUAUUUAUCACAAAGAACAUUACGUAAUGCUGUGCGUAAUUCAGCAUUAGCAUUAUCACAAACUGUUGCUUCUAUUGUUAUUGGUUUGUUAGUUGGAUUAUUAUUCUUUGAUUUGAAGAAAACAAUUGAACCUGGUGUUCAAAAUCGACUUGUUAUGGCUCUAAUUAUUGUUAUCUUCAUUCUUGUCAUUAUGAUGAUGCUUAGUGGAUUUCUUAUUGAUUUACCAAGUAUGUUUAGUUGGCUCUCAUGGAUUCAAUGGAUUAGUACAUUUCGAUAUGCAUCAAAUGUACUUACUAUUAAUGAAUUUCAAGAUCUUCUAUUCUGUUUAGCAAAUGAAACUGAUAUUUGUUCAAUAACAGGCGAUGAGAUACUUGAUAAACGAGGACUUGUUCAUGCUAAUGCAUGGGAUUUAUGGAAGAACUUUUUUGCAUUGACAAUGAUGGCUAUGCUAUUGUUUAUUUUAACUUAUAUUCAACUGAUUAGAAUAAAAAAAAUCAAAUAA